UUAUGUGUGGAGAGGAGUUAGUUUGCAAGAAAUGCCCCCUUCCCCCCACCCCCGCAACGCGCAAGCGCUCGGGACCGUGUGGGAAUGGUCGGUCCGCGAACUGGGGGUUGGACCGCUCCGAGCGAAACAGAGCAAAAGAGUUUUAAAUGUCCGCCAUGUUGUCCAUGGCGCACUGAACCAACGAUAGGGAGCGGAGCGUCGGAAAAAAACAGUCCGAGAGAGAGCGACCAAGAUCCGGGCCUUCCCCCGGCUCCGUUGGCGACGCCCUAAAUACAAGCUACAACCAUUCGAACGUUAGAAUAGAGAUUAACCGCACAGAAACAUCCAUGAAAGCUCCACUCGUUACCGUGGUGAAUAUUAGGAGAUCGGAUAGAUUUAUAUUGCAUCUCGAAUUGUGAAAAAUGAGUAAAUUGUCGUUUCGGGCACGGGCGCUGGACGCUACCAAGCCACUACCCGUCUUCCGUUGUGAGGAUUUACCCGACCUACACGAAUAUGCAUCCAUUAACCGGGCAGUGCCGCAGAUGCCUACGGGGAUGGAGAAAGAAGAGGAAUCGGAACACCAUCUCCAGCGGGCCAUCUCAGCGCAGCAGGUCUAUGGCGAGAAGCGGGACAACAUGGUCAUCCCGGUCCCCGAGGCGGAGAGCAACAUCACCUACUACGACUCCCUCUACCCUGGGGACUACAAGAUGCCAAAGCAGCUAAUUCACAUACAGCCUUUCAGCUUGGACACAGAGCAGCCCGACUACGACCUGGACUCGGACGACGACGCGUUUGUCAACAAGUUGAAAAAGAAGAUGGAGAUCAGCUUCCUGCAGUUUGAGGAGAUGAUCGACCGGCUGGAGAAAGGCAGCGGACAGCAGCUGGUGAGCCUUCCCGAGGCCAAACUGCUUCUGAAGGAGGACGACGAGCUCAUCAAGGAGGUCUUCGACUACUGGAGCCGCAAGAGGAAAAACAGCAAGGCCAACUCGCUCAUCCCCAACGUCAAGCAGGAGAAACGGGACGGCUCCAGCACCAGUGACCCCUACGUGGCCUUCCGACGGCGCACCGAGAAGAUGCAAACCAGGAAGAACCGUAAGAACGAUGAGGCGUCCUACGAGAAGAUGCUGAAGCUACGCAGGGAUCUCAGCCGAGCCGUCACCAUCCUGGAGAUGAUCAAGAGGAGGGAGAAGAGCAAGAGAGAGCUGCUGCACCUCACACUGGAGAUCUUUGAGAAGAGAAACGUCAUGUCAGACUACGGUGGUGAGGUGAUGGCAGAGGUGCUGGCUGAACGGGCACUGGUGAGGCCACAGAUAAUCCCCCUGGUCCCCCUCACUAACCAGUACCGACACCAGGACCACAUGGACCUCAAGGACUACAAGUCCAAGCCUGAGAAGACGGAAGUUCCCCGACAGAAGAGGAAGUACGAGAAGAAGCAGAAGGUGCUGCCUCUGUCAUCGGGCACCCCACACCAUCCGGGUCCGGUGGUCUUCAACGCCAAGGACCUCAACCAGUACGACUUCCCCAGUUCAGAUGACGAGCCCUUGCCCCAGCUGCACUCGGGCUCAUCAGAAGCAGAGGAGGAGAACGACCCAGAUGGUGCCUACGCCUUUCGCAGGAAGGCAGGCUGCCAGUACUAUGCUGCUCGUCAGGACCGUGUGGGUAGCUGGCCGUGGUGUGCAGCCUGGGACGGCGGUCUGGCAGAAGCUCGCUAUCGCUACAGUCUCACUACGCUCACCGUGCCGCGGCGCUGCCUGGGCAUGGCUCGACGCCGCGUGGGACGAGGCGGAAGGGUGUUGCUGGACAGGGCGUACACGGACUAUGACGAAGUUUUCCACGGACUGGAUCCAGAAAUGCUCGACCUGCCUCUUCCCCCCUCUCCUCCUCCUCCUCCUCCUACAACUACUUCACGCACGCCGGCCACCGACAAGUUUGCCAGUACCUCAGAAACAAAUACCUCGGACGGAAGUUCCUACUCCUUCAACUCCUCUCUUUCCUCUUCCUCUCCCUCUUCCACGGACCUCAGUCAGAUACUGUUGAAUAUAAAGUCGUGCCGAUGGAGGCACUUUAGACCACGGACACUACCACUACACGAGCUGGACAAUGCCCACCCUCUAUUCAGGAGGUUGAGCCGAGGCCUGAAGCGCCCGGUCUCCGCCUCCACAGCUGGGGGACAGCCCUCGCACCGCCCGGGGAGGGUUGUCCCAGCACCCGCACCCAUUGCUGCUUUCACAGCCGAACAGUACCAGCAGCAUCAGGAGCAGCUGGCCCUGAUGCAGAAACAGCAGCUGGAGCAAAUCCAGCUCCAACAGCAAGCCAACAGCACCGCCACUGCCAACAGCACACAGGGCCUGGCGAACACGUUGGACCAGAGCAGCGCUCAGUUCGCUGCCUCGGCCGUCGUCACCGCCGACCAACUACUGGCUCUCCAAACAAAGGAGGAGCUAGGCCUGGGAGGCGGAGUCAAUGGUGUCCUCUCCCCCUCAGGUGUCUACAAGGGCUUGCACCUCUCGAGCACAGUGUCCCCAUCCCCCGCCGCCACGGCCCCCUCCACCACUACCCCGAGCCCGGCCUCGCUCCACCCUUGCACCACCAGCUCCACCUCCGCUACCAGUAACAACAACGGCACCGCCCACCCUGCCAACACCACUACCACUAACACCGCCACCACUCAGGUCCUGCUGGGAAACAAUAACAACAGCCUCCGUCUGGGUGUUCCCACUGGCAAGCGUGUCCACGCCCCGCGGAGCGCUACCAUGUCAACAUCCGCCUUAAAGCUCGCCCACGCAGCCGCCGCAACCGCCAACUGUCAGAAACCCAAGGUCACCACGGCCUCGGCAUCGCCACUCGACAUAGUGCCCAGGGAGAAUCACGAACAAGACAAGCCAGCACUGAACAGUCUGUCAGAGAACACAAUGGCCAUGGAAGUUACGUAGCCUCCUGUACGCAGCACGGGGGAAACGUAACUCCUUAUGUUUUUUUUUGUUUUGUUUUUUUGUUGUUUUUUUUUUUUUUUUUUUUUUAGGUGCUAUGCAUCGUUUGUUAGUCGUGAAUGCAAGUGGUGGCGGAAUGAGCACGGCAAGGCUGGGUUUCCAUGGCAACUGUUUUUGGGACUUAAUUGCAAUGCUCGUCUCGUACAACUUUUUUUUUUUUUUUUCUCCCCCCUCUCCCCCCACAUUUCCCUAUUUGUUACUGUUAAUAAGAGAUCGUCUGUAAAUUCUUAAUAUGGCAAUUAUAUGUACAGUACUGCAUAUUUGUAAUACCCCCUCCUCCCUCCCCGCCCCCCCCCUCGCCCCUUGUUCUUGUAUAUAACAUUACUUGAAUACAGAAUUGUUCAUUUGUGAUGUUUUGCACUCGAGAUAUUAAAAAAGAAAAAGAAAAAAAAAAAUCAAAAUUAAAAAGAGAAAACGACAAACUGCAACUGGUGCGAGUAUGAGGUGUGAAAGUUGUACCACAGAAAAAUGUAUGUCAUCACAUGCAUGGUGCGGAACCUGCUGUUUGAUCUAUUUAUUGUGCCGUGUUUACAAAGUUUUUUUUUUUUUUUUUUUUUUUUUCUCCGUUCAUUUUUUUUUUUCCUCCUCAGUUCUUUUUUUUAUACACUGUACCCCUCACCGGUUCCCCGUGCUGUAGUCAGUGUUUAGCUAGAUUUAAAAAGAACUCUGUAAUUUUUUUGGAUGUUGUGAACAUGGCCGGGAGCUCGCCUGUUUUUUUUUUUUUUGUUUUUUUGUUUUUGUUUUUUUUUUUUCUCGAUGGGCGUUCUUCCACAAUGUUCCCAUGUGUCAUGUUGAAUCCAUGGAGACAUGCAUUCAUACAGAUUCAAGCGCAGGGCAGUAGAAGAAGACAGGUGUGAAUUUGUUUGUUGUAGGCAUCAGUUUGUCAGUGGGUUAAUCAGUUUCCACAAAGCUCUUCCAUACAUAUAUUAUUCCUGAGACAAGUAACAAAACAAUGGGGAUGAAGACUCUUUCCCAGAAGACUUUGCUGCUUCUGACUUAUCUAAGCACUAUAUAAUUUGUUUUUAAUUGAUUGAUUGCUGCUUUUGUAUGAUUUUGGCUUCUGGUUUGCAUCAGAUGGCCUUAUUCACUUUUUUGUGUUCUCUAAAAGAUAAUCCCCCCCACCCUCCCCCCUUAUCAUUUUCUAAAAUAAAUAUUUUUGUAUCUCCCUCUUUUUUUAAAUUUUAAUUUUCCUCACGAAAGACUUCAUUCUUUUGUUACUUGUUGAUCUAAAAAAAAAAAAAAAACUAUAAGGGAGUAAAAAAAAAAAUGCAGUAACUGACAUUUAUUAUCAUUCCAGCUUCUACAUAAUAAGGAAGAAAACAUGUAUUAAUUGAAAAAAAAUAAUAAAAGAAGAAACAGUUUUCUCUACUUUUAAAAACUCUCCAGAAGGCUGAAAGGCCAUGAACCACAAGUUAUCGGGUGCCUUCAUUUGGGAAAAAAGAAAAAAAAACCUUUAAAAAAAACAAACAAAAAAAAAAAACAACAAAAAAAACACUCUCUUCUGUGAAGAGUUUGGUACUGAACAAGGCUACUUGUAGUUUUUCUUUGUCUGUACCACAAUCCCAAUGCCCAUUCCAAUGGCCCAGUUGAUUCAUGAGUUUUUUUGUUUUUUUGUUUUUUCUUUUGUUUUUGUAGACCCUUCCACCACACACACAUGGGAAAGACUAAGAAUCCUCUUGAAUUGUCACAAAAUGAAAUAAAAAUCCAGGGCAUUA